UUAAUCAGCUGAACAACCAACGGAGAGGAACAGCAAAAGCAAAGGAGGUGGAUUAGCAGAGCUGCAGCAGCAUCUGUCUGGAUGUUUAGCCGUAUUGUCAUGAACACCAUGAGACAGUCAUACAGCAACCUUCAGUCAGAGGCCUCUUUAGAUGCUGGGCGGACUGCCACUGGACAUCCGGUGGCAGUGGACAUGAAGCUGUGGUGGACAUGAAGCUGUGGUGGACAUGAAGCUGUGGUGGACAUGAAGCUGUGGUGGACAGCUUCAUGUCCACCACGACUCAAAAUACUCCGCUCUGAGUUUAGACAACACAUAGAUUGUCUUUGGGGUAAAUAAAGUAUGGGUCGGGUCGUCCAGCUCGGACUCGGAGCUGCAGCGCGGCGCAUGCGCCGUGUGGGCCAGGCUGUGGGCAGUUUGGCGCGCUGCCUGCGUGCCUCCGCAGAGUGUGCGUGCUGGCGCAAAGCGCGGCCUCCUGCGCUCGUCCUCAGCCGCCGCAACACAAACAACAACAAUAAACAACAACAGGCGUCCUCCCGACCGGACGGCCCGGCACGCGGCCGCGGGCACACCCACAGCACUCGGCCACGAUGACGGAGACGGUGAAGUACGUGGACGACGAACACAAGAGCAUCUUCCUGAAGCUGCUGAACGAGCAGCGGCUGGAGGGCGAGCACUGCGACAUCGCCGUGGUGGUCGAAGACGUCAAGUUCCGCGCUCACCGCUGCGUCCUGGCCGCCUGCUCCAACUACUUCAAGAAGCUCUUCAAGAAGCACGAGGUGGACAACUCGUCCGUCAUCGAGAUAGACUUCAUCCGCUCCGACAUCUUUGAGGAGGUCCUGAACUACAUGUACACGGCCAAGAUCUCCGUCAAGAAGAAGGACGUCAACCUGAUGAUGUCAUCAGGACAGAUCCUCGGCAUCCGCUUCCUGGACAAGCUCUGCUCCCAGAAGCGUGACGUGUCGUCAGACGACAAGGACAAGUUCCCGUAUGACAUCGUAAAGAUGGCGCUGCCCCCUGAAGCCCAGCUGGCUGCAGACUCUGAGGACCUGGGCGAGCACGAUGACGCGCCGGGCACAGACGACCUGGUGGAGGCAUCCACCAAUCAGGAGCUGGACAAGUCUCCCAACGCUGCGCUGCACGUGCAGGAAGCCAUCUUGAAGGAGCUGACCAAUGAGGAUGUUCACAAGGUGUCCUGCUACGACCAGGACGUGGUGACGGAGAUGGAAGGGGAGCCUAAGGAGCUGGGGGCGGAGCAUCACGCCACCCAGACUCUGACCUUCACAGACAGCAUAGGUGAGGUGAAGGACGAGGCGGCGCCCGGCUGGUCGGCCGCCGCCGCCGACAUGAAGUUCGAGUACCUGCUGUACGGACACCGCGAGCAGCUGGCCUGCCAGGUGUGUGGGAAGACCUUCCUGGACGAGAGCAGACUCAGGAAACACGAGAAGCUUCACUCGGCAGAGCGGCCGUUCGCCUGUGACAUCUGCUCCAAGGCCUUCACCACGCACGCUCACCUGAAAGAACACCUGAAGAUCCACACGGGCUUCAAGCCCUAUAGGUGUGACGUUUGUGGGAAGUCGUUCAUUCGAGCUCCGGACCUGAAGAAACAUGAGCGAGUCCACAGCAACGAGAGGCCCUUCGCCUGCCAGAUGUGUGACAAGGCCUUUAAACACAAGUCUCACCUGAAGGACCAUGAGAGGAGACACCGAGGAGAGAAACCUUUCGUCUGUCCGUCCUGCACCAAGGCCUUCGCCAAGGCGUCGGACCUGAAGCGCCAUGAGAACAACAUGCACAGCGAGAGGAAGCAGCUGAACCCGCUGCAGAGCGACACGGAGACGCUGCAGGCCGCCGCCAUGGCUGCAGAGGAGCAGCACCUGGAGAACAUCAGCUGCUCCUAACACUCUGACCUCCCUGCCCUGAGGUGACCCCUGACCUCAGCCCACUAGAACUCUGACCCUGUGGACUUUAUGAAGCGGUUCUGCUCAGUUUAAUGAGCAGAGCCGCCAUGUUGUGCAGAACUCGUGUGAUGAUGUCAUCAGACAGACGAUGGGAUGAAAUCAUGAAAUAAAAUGUUUUUCUAA